UUAUAACAACAUAUCCAAUUUGGCUUUUUAAUAAAUCGCCAAACCCAUUCCAUACUCGAUUACCAUAUUCCCAUUCAAUCCUAAUAGGGCGGGUAACCUGAUUAACCCUCAAAAUUCCCAUCCCUAGUUCAAAGGGAUCAUCCUUCAACGAAAUUAAAGGGAGACAUCAACCCUUAUUUAAAUCCCUUUAACCAAAUAACCCGAUUUUAUAUGGAGUAUGUACGGUAUAGAUAGGUAACCCAAAUCAAUUGCAUGCGCUCUCGAAGAGAAAUGGAUGCCUGGGAAGCCCUAGACAUAGACGAUUCAGAUCUUCCCUCACUCCUACGCCCUUGCAAACGCCAAGUUUGCACCAUUUCUUCUUCUUCUGGAUCUCCUCAACCCGUUGUCGGUUCUCACCCCCCUGCUUCCACAACCUCUUCGCCUCUCAUUCCGGGCCCCGCCGGAGCUCUUCAGGCCGCUUUUAUGCAGCGCAAAACCCACCUCCAUUCUCCCUUACCCACACAGGACUAUCUCCGCAGGGUGGCCCAAGAAGGCUUCCCCGACGACGAUCAUGACUUUAAGCACCACCAUUGGCUUCUCGCUCUGGAUUUUGUUCGGCGCCAAGGUACUAUCGAGGAAACACCUCUGAGUUUUAUGAGGAAAUGCCUUACUGCUGACAGGGUUCCUCUGGUUGUUGCAAUUAUCAAAUCUUCUACCCCAAAUGCGCUUGGUGAUCUCAUGGUAACUCUCAAGGAUCCGACUGGUACGAUUGGCGCCACCAUUCAUCACAAAGUUCUCACCGAGGGAAAGUUUGGAAGGGACAUAUCUGUUGGCUCGGUUUUGAUUCUCCAGGAGGUUACUGUUUUUUCCCCUACGCGCUCUACAUAUUAUCUCAACGUAUCACUGAGCAAUGUCGUUAAGGUGUUCUCUACUGGCAGCGGCUCUCUGUCACAAAAAAAUCAUAGUGCAUCAACGGUCACACACUGUCCAGCUACUGGCACUGAUUGCAGUGAUAAAUCAUGGAUGCCCCAGAAUGCCAUUCCUCUAUUGAAGAGAAGAAUUGAAGAAAUCAUGAACAGUGUCAGACAAGAUGCUAAUGUGAAAUGGAGUGUACGUAUGGAUCAACCAAUUCAGAAAGGAAGUUCUGGACAACCAGAAUGGGGAUACUGCAGCAAUGAAAGCAUCAGAAACCUAAGCCCUGUGGUAGAAAAAGGACCAGUACUGGUGAGAUGGGAUGCUAACAAAGAAAUCACAAAAGCAGCAGUUGGAGCUGAUACUGAUUGGAGGGCUGUGGAUGAUAAUCAUAAAAAGACUGAAGAACCUAAUGAUUUUGUUGUUGGAAGAAUAGAUGGAGCUAAGAGGAGGCAGCCCAUGAUUAUUAGAGAUUCACUUCCAGAGUGGACGGAUGAGCAGCUGGAUGAGCUUUUUGCACUUGAUUGUGAUCAUGAUGGCUCGCUUUUCUGAUAGCUGACUGAUAUGCAUGCAUUAAAGAUGAAAUCAAACUGUUUUCCCUUUUUUAUUAUAAAAUGCUUCGCCAAAUCUGGCAGCUGUCGAAACACCUGGAAACAUCUCAGCAUCAUCAAAAUUGUCAUUUAGAUAUCCACAUUUUGCAUUUGCUAUCUGGUUGUACAUAGGGUGUGUGAUUGGAGUGAUUGCCAUAGUGCCAUGGAUUAUUUUUAAUUGCUAACUUGCAAGAAGUUUGUGAUUGGAGUGAUUGCCAUAGUGCCAAAUAGAUGUUUUCGAAUUUGUGGAA